UUGUUAAUUAAAAACCAUCCGAUCUCAUAACCCUUAACCGGUGCUUUUUCCAUUUCGGACAAAGCUCCGGCGCAAGGAAAAAUGGACGGGUUCGGGUCUAAUUCGAGGACACUCGCCGUUGACCAAUGGAUGGAGAUAGUUAACGGUAAGGGAUACGGCGCUGGUAGAGCAACUCAGUUUCACUCGACCAAGUCCAGCACGUCGGAUUUUAAGCUCUCUAUCCCACCUCCGCCAGGAGCAGUUCCUACAACAACUACGAGUGCUCAUGUUCCUGUCCCGUGGAGUUUCAUCACCCCGGAAACGAAGAGAAAGAAGAGAAUCGCAACGUACAAAGCUUACGCUAUGGAAGAUAAAGUUAAAACCACGGUUAAAAAAGGGUUUCACUGGAUCAAGAACAGGUGCUCCCAGAUUAUACAUUAAUAAUAUUAUUCUUUUUUUUUUAUAUCAUUCCCUGCGGAUCGUGCCUUGGGCUCAGUCGCCUGCGAUAAUCUUCGGCGACUCAUUUAUUUGGUGUAAAACGUAAGACACGUUGUUGCUGUUGUUGUGCAUGAGUAUAUGAUUAGUCAACAAUGAUUCAGGUCAAACACAGUCCAUGUUUGUGGCCCGAACAAUUCUGUUUACAUCUUAUUUAAGCCCAAAUACUACUUAAAUUAGCCCAUAAAAUUAAUGGGCAUCUGAAAUUGUAUUUUAUUAACAAGGGACAAAGCAUCUUCUACGCACGAUCAUAGCUUAGCACGUGAAGCCACGUCUUCUCUUUAUUCACUUUACCCAAAUAGCCUUUACCUGUUUACUGUUUUGCCCCGCUGGUUUGGUUAAUUAGUUGAUUAUUUCCUAUAUUAAUCAACGUGUGGGUUAAUCAGACUUCAUUUCGUUUGUUUUUUUCAUUGAAUGUUACUUGAGGAUUUGAUCAUUACUGUAAAAAACAUAAAAUGUGCAAUUUUCUGAAAUAAUAAAUCGAGGGCAUUCAAAAUGGGUAAACUAGUAAAAUAACAUUGUAAAUGCGAAAAAACAUCAGUAGAUUCUUCUUCUUUAUUUUAUUGGAUCAGCCUGCAGAAUCCUAAGCAACAACAACCAUACCAUUACCACCUACAUUAUCAAAUCAUAAAAAAAUAAUUAAGUUCGUAAAAAAUAAUAAAGUUUAUUUCAUUAGAUUUGAUAACUUUUUAUUCAUGCAGACAACAUGUCAGAUGCUCAAACGAUUUUUAAAAUGUGGGCAAAAGAUCGAGUACAUUGUAAUUUACUUUUAUUAAUAGGGGAAUAGCAGACGAAUAUUUAUAAAAUUAAUUAAUAAAAAUAAAGUUUUUGGAGAAUCGCAAUUUUAAUUUAUAUAGUAUAAAAAAGCGUCAAUAAAUACUGAGAAUAAAAGCAGCUUCAUACAUACACACAUACACUGCAUAGCAUUACCAUACCUGCUCUCUCCUCUCACCUCGCUUCUCGCGCCCUCUCUCUCUCUCUCUCUCUCUCUCUCUCUCUCUCUCUCUCUCUCUCUCUCUCUCUCUCUCUCUCUCUGUUUU